AUGGUCCUCCUCGUAACAACUCCCACCAUCCUCUCGGCGCUCGAAACACUGUCGCCCUCGUCUCGUGACGAGCUGCAGCUGCCGCAUUCCCCCGCUGUAGGGUCGCCGAUUUCCCAUGCGCAGGUCAUAGCUCUGGCACGCUACUUUACCUCGAAAGUCCGUAAGGAGGGGGAAGACCAUUCGGAUCGACCGGCGGGAGAUGACAAUAAGAGAGGAGACGAGAACACCGUGGCAGACAAGAGGAAUGGGGAGCAUGACGGUGUCAGCAGCGACCAUUCUUCAGAAGCUGCAGCAGAUUCUGCUCCUCUCUACACUCUCGAUUCUCUUCUUCGGGGCACAAGAGUUUAUGUCCCUCCGCCGCCUCCCAAGCCAGAGCCCAGCCCAGAAUACCUCGCCCUGAAAGCACGUCUCCAGGCUGCUGCCGAGGAGGAAGCCUACAAACGUCUCCUAUCAUCGCCUUCAAACGCCCCUGGCCCAUCCCCUAUAUUCUCCUCUUCCGCUGGCCCCAGCUUGAACGAUGCCGAUGCGGAUGCCGAUAGCGACAACGACCCCCUCACCCCGUCCCUCGUGCUCAACAUCUUCCUGUCCGUCCUCCUCUGCGGCUUCAGCACCUUCUGGGCCCUGAGCAACUUCCAGACUCCGUCCUUUCUCAGCUUCGCCAGGGCCAAGCCGGUGACGGGAACGGCCGCGCAAGCGGUGGAACCCGCAUUUGUUCUCAUAUCAAUUUUUGCAGGCCUCCUUGUCGGCGUGGCCGAGGUGGUGGUGUAUGCGGCAUAUUUGCGGAAAGUGAGACAGGCGCGGAAGAAGGAGAAAGCUACCAUGGAGCGGAAGGUGGUUGUAGGAUCAGUUGGAGAUGAUGGCUCUGAAGAAAGGAAGAAAGCAGAGAAACGGACAGAGACAGAUGAUGGCGGCAGCGUCGGGGAGAAAGAGGAGAUAUGGGGCAGGGGCGUAAACGGGGGAGUGAGAAGGAGAGUGAGAGAGCGAUGGAGGGCGGAUAAUGACGACAAGCCUUGCACAUAA